CCUCAGCAGACUUUAGCUGGGAGAGAUUUGCUGGUGAUGGAGACAUUUUGUAUUGCCUUCUCCCUUGUUCGUCUCUAAUCAUUGGGCUUCAUGUGCCCCAAAAACUAAAAGAGCGAAUGAUUUCCCCAAAUUGCCUGCAGGCUUACCCACUAAGGAUUUCCAAUGAUGUACUCUUAAAACUGCACAUUCUGGGAAACCUCAUACCAAACAAUAUGGAAGACAAGCACAGGAGAAAAUGAAAAAUUCUCUCUAAGAAUUAAGACAUUUUUUACUGAACAACUGUAGGACAACCACCCAUUUGUUGCGGAGGCUGGUCUUGUAUCCUAAUCAAUAAAAUGUAUUUACGCAGGAGAAAAAGACUACAGUGGAACAGAAUAGUGUUCAUAAUAUGUGUGAUGUUUCUUUGUUCACUAUACCAACUAUCUCUUGAUCAAAAACUGGAUUCAGAACCUUGGAGAGAGACUGUUGUAGAAGAUCCUAGUUCUCCAAGGGAAAACGAGGAAGAACUCAAGGUGUCUAUAAGAGAACUAUUAAACCAAACUACUAGAAGAACAUCUACUACCACUUCUAAAACCACUUCUACUACUUCUACCACUACUACCUUUAUCUCUACCACCAGCUCUACCUCAGCUUCUUCUACAUCAAAUGUCACAGAAAGGACCAAAACCAGGCACUGUAUUUUUGUUGAGCCAGACCCAGUAACAUCCACUCUCAAACCGACAAUAACCACCAGUCUUACUACAACAUCUAAACCCCCAUUACCUCAUGCCAAAGGAGAGUAUCCAAGAGAUCUGUUUAGCAUAGAACAACGCAGGAAUGGUUGGGUUUCAUUUCAUAUCUUUGGCAUGAUGUACGUAUUUGUGGCCUUGGCCAUUGUGUGUGAUGAAUUUUUUGUCCCAGCUUUGGGUGUUAUCACAGAGAAGCUGCAGAUAUCAGAAGAUGUUGCUGGAGCCACCUUUAUGGCUGCUGGUGGGUCUGCACCUGAACUUUUUACAUCCCUCAUUGGUGUAUUCAUUUCUCACAGCAAUGUUGGUAUUGGCACAAUUGUGGGUUCAGCUGUUUUUAACAUCUUAUUUGUUAUUGGUACAUGUGCCCUAUUCUCCCGGGAGAUUCUUAAUCUUACAUGGUGGCCCUUGUUCAGAGAUGUCUCCUUCUAUAUUAUUGAUUUGAUCAUGCUCAUCAUUUUUUUCCUGGAUAAUGUUAUCCUCUGGUGGGAGAGCAUGCUACUGCUUACUGCUUACGGGCUCUACGUAAUUUUUAUGAAAAUAAAUGUGCAGGUGGAGGGAUGGGUGAAGUCGCAACUUUCCAAAAGAAAGCAACUAGUUAAAGUCAUGGCCUUGGAGGACACAUCUAAGAAAGGCAAUGGGUCAGUUGCAGGAGAUGAACCAAAGCCACCUGAGGACAACAACAGAUUAAAGCUGAAGCCAUUCCUUACCAGAGGGGGAAGUUCGGCCUCUUUGCACAACAGCACCAUCCGCAGCACCAUCUUCCAGCUCAUGAUCCAUACUUUGGACCCUUUGGGAGAAGCUGCCGGCUCCUCUUCUCAAGGUCUUCGACUUGUUUCUGCUGAAUCUAUGAGCUCUAAAUUUAAAGACAAGGCUGAAAUCAUGAACAACAUGGCCAAGGCUAAGGUAGAAACAGAAGUCAAAAAAGGAGUAAAAACCAAAGAUGAGAAGGAUGGUGGUGACGUUCCAACAGUGAAUGUACAGGUGACACCCCCAACUGGCUCAGAACCAUCCAAGGAUGCUGAGGAUGAAGGACAAGACCAAGAAGACGCUAAGAAAGGCACAGGAGACCAAGGAGAUGGAGGAGACAGCUCUGGCGGCAGUGAUGAUGGCAGCGAUGAUGACAGCGAUGAUGAUGAUGAUGACAGCGACAGUGAUGAUGAUGAUGAUGACAGUGAUGAAGAAGAAGAAGAAGACAUAGAUGAACCUUUAUCUCUAGAAUGGCCAGACACCAAAAGGAAACAGAUCACGUAUCUGCUCCUUCUGCCUAUUGUUUUCCCUCUAUGGCUAACAGUGCCUGAUGUCAGGAGUCCAAAAUCCCGGAAGUAUUUUGUGCUGACAUUUCUGGGUUCCAUCAUGUGGAUUGCGAUCUUCUCAUACCUUAUGGUAUGGUGGGCACAUCAGGUUGGCGAGACUAUUGGCAUUUCAGAGGAGAUAAUGGGACUGACUAUCCUGGCUGCUGGCACAUCCAUCCCUGACUUGAUCACCAGUGUCAUUGUGGCAAGGAAAGGCUUGGGCGACAUGGCCGUAUCCAGUUCUGUUGGCAGCAAUAUUUUUGACAUAACAGUGGGGUUACCCGCUCCCUGGUUCAUGUUCUCCAUGUUUAAUGGCUUCAGCCCUGUAGCAGUGAGCAGCAAUGGAUUAUUCUGUGCCAUUGUCCUCCUCUUCCUUAUGCUUCUCUUUGUCAUAUUCUCCAUAGCAUUCUGCAAAUGGAGGAUGAACAAGUUCCUGGGAUUCACCAUGUUCACACUGUACUUUGUAUUUGUGAUUGUCAGUGUGAUGUUGGAAGACAGGAUUAUUGUGUGCCCUGUAUCCAUAUAAUACCCUGUAUAGCAUCACACAAACUAUGCAACCCCUUUCAGAAAUGCAUUGGAUUCAACAAAACCUAGAAUAAGUAGUGCAGAAAUUAUUCAGGUUCUAGAACACAUACAAUGAAUAUAUUUUCUUAUUCCAUUUUUUUUACACACAUAAAAUAUAUAAUAGUAACCAGCCAGCACUGUAUAAAAGGUAAGACGAUAAUCCUACCAAUAUCUGUGUGAAAACUAUAAUAUGUGGUUUCUUUUGAUUUUACAUGACUACACAUAUGAAACAUGUCUACACCUACAUUCUCCAUGCUAUUUUAGAGUACUUCCAUUACUCCAUCAUUACAGAUGCCAUCCACAUCAUCAAUAUGCAUCUUCGUGUACCCAUAAAGAGACUGCAGUAUAUGUUUGGAUGGAUAUGAUAUGAAGUAAAAUAAAAUGUAAUUCUUACUAUUAGAAGUUCUGCACUGAAUCAGAGACGAGUUUAUCUUCUUUGAUGGACUUUCGGAUUUAGAGAAAAGGAACGCAAGCGGGAGUACCUUACCUUAUUUAACAGUCUGUUGUAGUGAGUUGAACACUAGGUUAUGUAAUUAGGGCCAAAGUGAAAAUAUAAACCCAAAAAAACCUCUUGCAUCAGUUAAAUUGUCAAACUAAGCACCAUAACCACUUAUUGUUGAUGGAAUGCUUAUAAUUCCAAGAUCUUGUGCUUGGCAGUCUUUUCUAAUGUUUAUUCUGGAGAUAGAAAUAUUUUUUAUGUGUGGAUGAUCCCCCUGUCUUGGCUUUCAAUCAGCAAGAUAGUAUAACAUCUUGAUGGUUGUUAAAGAGACACUAUAGGCACCAAGACCACUCCAUUUAAUAAAGUGUUCAGGGUGCAUUAUCCCAUCCCCUUACUGUGCAAUGUAAAACAUUGCAGUUUUCAGAAAAACUGCCAUGUUUAUAUUGCUGAGAUUGCCUCUUGUAGCUUCCUGCAGUUUCACAGAGUUUGACUCCGUGAAGCGACGCUGGAUGUCCUCACACUUUGCAUGAGGACAUUCAAGAUCUUCAAAUCCUUCAUAGGAAACCAUUAAUUUAAUGCUUUCCUAUGGGGAUAGCCUUAUGCAAGUGUGGUUCUCUCUUGUCACUGAUACUGGAAGAGAUUGAGUGUAAAAAGGAGUUUUUAAGCCUUUAUUUGCUGGUGGUGACAAGGGGGGCGGCAACGGAACACCAAAGUGUUCCUUUAAUAUCAGUUUUGUCAAACUUUUGUGUCUGACAUCAGCAAUUUCUUCCUGUGGCUGACAGAGCCAACAGUAUCCCAAUAAUCACAGUGGUCACACAGCUUUAUGCAAGAAGUUGCCUGGCCCUGCAGUGCAAUAACUACCAUCAUGCUCAGCAAGAUUCUGGCUGAUGUCAUUGCAUGGUGGGGCAAGCACCUUCUGAACGGCUUAUGUGGAAUAUAAUUCCAAUCAGCCUUUACCAGUGGUUGGCUGAGCCUGACAAGAAUUGUAGUCCACAAUAGCUUUAUGUAGCAAAUCACCAUUUUAACCAUAUUUUUUACUAUGGACUCCUAAAAAUGGCAUUUUAACUAAUACUGCUAUAAAUUAUGAAUAUUCAAUACGAAUCCCUAAAUCUUAAUAAACCCACCCAUCUUUCUGAUAUGAUUUGUCCUCAAUGCUUCUCUGUGAGAAGCAUUUGAUUGGACAAUAUCCAGCACUAACAUAGCAAUAUAUGUUGGAAAAGAAGAAUGGACCUUCCUUAGCUGCUGAGGCAAGUCAUGCAGCCACGUUUUCUGGGCCUAAAAAAUAUCUAUGUAAAAGAAUACAUAUAAUUAAUUACACCAUUUCCCUUUUAGCUCUACAUUUUGUGGCUAGUUCACCACAAAUGCUGUUUAGUGAAUAAACCAAAAUGUUUGAGUGGUGUUAUGUAAACUGGUAUAUGAUUACACACUAAAUGAACAGGAGAUUAAUUUAACAAAAAAAAAAAAAAAAAAAGUGGUUCGGACAGCAUUUUGUUUCUCGUGGAAAGGUUACUUACAGAAGAGUUUGAGUGAAUUAAACAAUCUAUCAUUUUAAAUAUCAGUAUGCAAGGAGACUUGGGUUUGAACAAUGGCAUAUAAAUAAACAAUAUAUUUCUGUCCUAUCCUGUUCUGGUUUCUUGAUGAAUGAUGCUACGUGUCAAUGUAACAGACACUUUAUUGAAUGUUUCAGAUUUCUAGAACUUUUUUAUUUUUUUCAAACUCACAUAACAUCUUCCUCUGCUCCUCUGUUUCCUGGGAGAAUGAAGCAGUAAACCCGAGACUCAAUAAAGUGAUUUUUGUAGAUUGAUUAGAACA